AAUACCUGAGACAUUCAUUUAUGAAAACUUUUUUUUUGGGUAUUAAGACGGGGCAGAGCCCAAAAAAAAAAAAAUUACACUGAAAUUAAAUGAGGCAGAGAUGUCUUUUGUUCAUCUUCUACUAAUAAUCUAAGAACCUCUCUAGGAGAGGUAUUUCACUAGGCAAGCUGCACAUCUAUUGCCUUCUCUAUAAAUAUUCACAAAACUAAUUUGUCAAUUCCUCUUUUUUCACUUACUGAUGUCCCUAAUCAAAGCAUUUGGGUGGUUUAUAAGAUUCCUUGAGCUAUUGAUUGAUGUCUUUAAUCAAAGCAUUUGGGUGGUUUAUAAGAUUGCUUCCUUGACUUCUGCCACUUUCUUCAUCACUUCAACUUGAGUAUUUUGUGGCCUAUUAUAAUUUUGCUUAUGAAUUUCCUUAUUUCUCCAAUUUCACAUCUUCCAGCAUGCUAUAAUGAAUAUAUCCAUCCAAUUUUGACUCUGGUCAUGUCCUAAUUGUUGUUGUAUGUUCAUAUCCAUCCAUUCUUUUCUAUUUGCUUGGAAGAAAAUGCACUUGGCCGAAUGAGCUGCGCCCAAGUACUGGAGACUUUGGGGCAGUCUCUCAGAGCGUGAAGAAGGUCUUCUUGAUGGUUUUGACACAGUUGACAAUCUCUUCUACUUGCAAACAUCCUUACCUUUUUGUGAUUGAGAAAUCCCCAUCAUCCGAGUGCAUCCAUCGAAUUCUUUCCGCGCCAUUUUUCUUGUUUGGGGGGAAGCGCCAAAAUCUUCAUUGUUGUUUCCUCUGGGAGAAGGGAGCCCUCGUUGUUCACCCAUCUCUUAGUCCAGAAUCUAGUUGUUGUCCCAUCUCCAACGAAUUUCAUUGUGUGCUUCUGAAAUGUUGGCCAAAUUUUCACAAUUUCCUUCCACAGCAUCAGCAAACAACAGCAGAUCGUCUGCGAACAUUAGGUGAGAAAUUUCCAUUUUCUCUCUUCCCACCGUGAAAGGGAUCCAAUGUCCAUGAUUCACCUCUUGCUCUAUGUACUGUGACAGUUUAUCCAUGCAAAUGACAAAUAGGUAAGAAAAAAUGGGGACUGACAAACCCCAAUUUGACGGUUUGUUUUGCAUUGAAUUUAGAGUAUUUUGAUAACCUUUUGUCACAUUUAGCCUAGGAAUUAGCAUGAUUUUGUUAUCUCUCCCAUAUUUGUGCUUAAGUGU